AUGGAGGUUACCGGCGCGAUGGAACCCGCGGUCCGGUUGGGUCUUCGUGACAGGCAGUUGCAAGCCCGGAUUAUAAAGCCCAUUCUACGUGCUUAUGCACUAGGGUAUCUGUCAUCGCUCACCCCCAAGUUAAUAUCGUACGCCCGGCAUUUCGCCAGUAGAGAUUGGUCCGCCCCCAAAAAAUUUCAAGAGCUGGCUCGAGUUCUAGCGGGACCGCUACGUGUGAACAGCUUCCCAACCUUCUGCGCUGCCCUCGUUGGUGGAUCGACUGUGCUCCCCGUUCUGGUGUAUCGGAUAUGCGCAUUGAUCGCAGCCGGCCCUCUUAAAGGUGACAUCCGAGCCUCUAAAUCAAUCUCUCGGCUGAUUAGAUUCGUCGCGGCCUUUUUCUCGGCGUGGUUCAGUUUCCAACUGUUGAACAAGAAUCGCACCCCACCACGACAAGAUGUCAGAGCUGGACAGCUCUCAUCUUCGGAUCACAAAGGCCCAGCCAACACUCCUGCCAAUCCUCUCGAGCGCUUUCGCCCGGAGUUGGUCGGGAGGACAAUGGAUCUGACUCUGUUCACGGUCACAAGAGCAGUAGACGUGAUAGCAUGCAUUGCAUGGAGUCGCUGGUCUCGCCGUCGAAAGACUCAAAACCGCUGGACCGUAGUGGAGACUCUUCUGCCCGGUCUGGCCGACGCAGGGGUCUUCGCCAUGAGCGCUGCCGUAGUCAUGUGGGCCUGGUUUUAUCUUCCGGAGAGGUUGCCCCGAACUUACGAAAAAUGGAUUGGCGAAGUGGCGAAAGUGGACACCCGGUUAAUCGAAGCCCUUCGUCGUGCUCGUUGGGGAAUCUUUGUAUACGGGAAGAAUACAGGCCAAGCACCCCUCUUGGAGUCCAUGUGCAGGGACUAUGGCUGGCCUGAAGAAUGGGGAGAUCCUGCGAAAACAGUUCCCAUUCCAUGUGAGAUGGUACACAUGGGCUGCGGCCCCAGCUGUGAGCGGCACGCAGUCUCCCGUUUUGCCAAAACCUUCAAAUUUGCCUGUGCAACCUAUAUUCCAUUGCAGAUUGUCCUGCGCCUGCGGGGGAUGAAGAAUCCCUCCGUCCUGCGCCGUGCGGUCUUCGAUGCCGCCCAGUCAUCUGCCUUCCUGGCAUCUUUCGUCAGUCUGUUCUAUUACUCUGUCUGCCUGGCUCGGACACGGCUCGGCCCUAGGAUCUUCGAUCCAAAGACGGUCACGCCCUUGAUGUGGGACUCCGGCCUCUGCGUCGGGGCAGGUUGUCUCAUGUGUGGGUGGAGCGUAUUGGUCGAGAAAGCGCGGAAAAGGCAGGAAUUGGCCCUAUUUGUGGCACCCCGAGCUGCUGCCACCGUGUUGCCACGGUUGUAUGAGAAAAAGUAUCAACAUCGCGAGCGCCUUGCUUUUGCCGUCAGUGCCGCAAUUCUUUUUAGUUGCCUUCAUGAGAAGCCCCGCAUGCAUGCCUCCGCCGCGCCUUUCAAUACGCCGCAAUCGCAGCAGCGCAAUACGUCUACUAUGUAUUAUACCAUCAGUCUUAUCCUCGGUACUGUCGCGCUUGCGUACGGCUCCGUUCCGCUCUACAAAAUGAUCUGCCAGCAAACUGGGUGGGGUGGCCAACCCAUCCUUACUCAUCGGGUUGGCGACGGCGAUACGGCGUCGCGCGUGACUCCCGUGACAGACUCCCGACGCCUCCGAAUCACCUUCAAUGGCUCUGUAUCUGAUGUGCUUCCGUGGAAAUUUACCCCGCAACAACGAGAAGUGCGAGUUCUACCGGGUGAGACGGCCCUAGCUUUCUACACUGCGACAAACAAGGGCCCCCAGGAUAUCAUUGGAGUCGCAACCUACAGUGUAACACCGGGUCAGGUUGCCCCGUACUUCAGCAAGAUUCAAUGCUUCUGCUUUGAGGAGCAGAAGCUUAACGCGGGAGAGUCAGUGGACAUGCCCGUUUUCUUCUAUAUUGAUCCCGAUUUCGCUACGGAUCCGAAUAUGAAGGGCAUUGAUACGAUCACUCUCUCUUAUACUUUCUUCAAAGCAAAAUACGAUGACAAUGGGGUUUUGAAGCCCAUUCAAUCAUAA